AUGGCUCAGCCUUUGUCAAAAGCCUACACCGCCUCCGACAACCAAACACUGACGACCAACAAAUUGAAUGAUAUUACACAACAGAAGUCAGAAACGAUAAACUAUGAUCUGAGUGUCGCUGGUCUAGGGAAAAGGCGCUCCCAUUCCACUCACUAUUGUCUGGGUCCACGGCAAAUCGAGGCGCCACAACGUACCAAAGUGCGCAUGUAUAGAUCCUGCCAUUUCACGGAUGUGUGUUUUGCACCCGAUGGACACCCUCUGUACAAAGCCUCGAACACAGAAUUCCAGGGUUUCCGUUUGAUAUACAUCACAAAGGAUGGUGACAAUUCCGACUACGUACAAAAUCCAGAACUCAUCAAAACCAUCAUCAAACCCCAGGGUCUCAUGGGUGGGCCAAGCCACAUGUUUCCAAAGCGAAAGUUCUACACGACUCCUCGGAUAAUAAAUGAAUCCACUGCGGCUCUCCACGAGAGAUUUUGGUCUCCCAUACCCGUGGCGAUACCUUUUCUCCCACACCAGUGUACCAAUUUUGGGCAUGCUCUUGGCGAUAACGCUUUUGCCAUCUUUCGAAUCCUUCAGAAUUUUGGACUGUACCACCCAGAACUCGACUUUCUUCCAAUGCGGAUAGAGUGUGCUGACGAAGAUGCUUGUUUGGACCAGUGCUCUUGUUUCGAUCGUUGUAAGGUCCUUUCCAAAGUAAUGGCCCCCUUUUUAAAAGAUGGCGACAAACUGACAGCCUUCCAGUAUUACUUCAAGACAGCGAUGAAUAUGUCCACAGCUCAUUAUCGGCAAAGACGAGAAAAACAGUCACUACCAUUACUUUGCUUCGAAAACGUGUUAUCUGGUAUGUACUACUAUGCGGAUCAUGGGGAAGACCCAACCUUGCAUGGGGGCAAGGAAAAUGAAAAUGGGUCCAAUCUGUUUCUUGUCGGGAAGGGGGACAAGGUGCGGGAGUUUCGAAAUCAGUACAUGAUACGAUUGGGUUUGGAUCCCAAUCGUCAUCUACAAAGACCAUGUGCGUCGCGAGAUUCUGCUUCAAUCGUUGUCAUUCCUCGACGACCCGAAACCAGUAGGCAAAGUGGUUGGUACGACGAAAAGCUGAUUGCUGAGCUCCAAAAGAUCUUGCCCGAUGAAAAGGUAGCUGUUGAUGACUAUUCAACAUAUACUGUCAAGGCUCAGGUCGAGCUAAUUUCGAAGGCCAAGGUACUGGUCUCAAUGGGAGGUGGGGCCAGUUACCUCGCUUGGUUCCUGGGUCCCGGCGCAUCAGCACUUUUUCUAAAGCGAAGGUGCAAGGUCAAUGAUGGUUUCAUCUGGGACAAUUUGCCUUAUAUCAGAAAAGAAUAUUUCAAUGCCACAGACUGUACAGCAGUACCGGAAGUUUUUGAUUAUGCGGAAAUGGCCAAAAGUGUCGCAGGUUUGAUUCAGCAUUACAAUCGUCGCUUUUGUGAAGAUUGA